ACGUUUCUUAAUGUCGCGAUAGAACCGAAUCGCAAAAUUGGAGCGCGUCAUGUCCGGUUUCGAUUUGGAAUGCGUUCAAAACUCGUAAGAAUCCAGCGACUUCGCGUAAAUCGCUGUGUCACACAGCUGUUCGCUCUACAAGAGACAUGACAGCCGAGAUAAACAUGGCUGCUGUUCGCGACGUGUACGGAACCAGUUCCAGAUUGAAACCGGUUUGGAACUAGUUCCCUUCGGUUUUUCGGCCCCCCGCGAGAGUCGCGCAACCGGCAUCCGCAAAUGGCACUCCGACCGGAUUGUUCGGUGCGAUUGCAACGUCGUCGACACACAGAUUUCUGCCUAAACGAUCAUGGCUGAUAACAAGGAUCAGAGAGAAGAUAACGUUGACGGUCACAUGGAAGUUAAGGUGGAGCCGGUGCUUCAAUGCUACAUCGAAGAAGGACAUGAGAAUGGUUUUCCGAGUUACGAGAAUACCUGUGCAAUACCGUCGAGCGUUGACGUGGGCGCAUUGAACUUGUGGACUAGCAAGGCCACUACCUGUCUAAUCAGUCAGUACAAGAAGUAUCGAUCGAUGGUCGGGCAGUCCACGCAAAUCAGAAGUCUUCGGGAGAUGUUUGAGAUGAUAUCUCUAAAGAUGCAGAACUACGGCUUCUACUUCAGUCCGCAGAAGUGCGAGAAUAAAUGGCGCGUCUUGGAACGCAAGUAUAAGAAUCUCGUGUUCCGCGAGCGGCUGAAAAAGCCGGGCAGAAUGAGACAUUAUGGACAAUGGGAGCAUAAACGCGCCUUGGACGAGAUUUUUAACGAGAAGAAGAGACACAUGUAUUUGGAGGAGAACGAUCCGCAACCGACAAGUAAGUCUGCGAAAUAUUCUUUGAUCUUGAAACCCAGUUGCAAUCAAGUCAGCGACUCGUCCAGUAAUCAGCAACACGAAAAUUCUUUGACGUCAUGCGCCGUGGCCAGUAAGAAAGAUGAAGAACCGUUGGAUCACAAUCAAACCUUAAUGAUAUUAAUUGAGAACUUUAUCGAAGAAAUGGGGAAAAACUUUGCUCUGGCCGAGAAGAACAAGGAGAGGCGGCACAAAGAGAAAAUGGCUCUAAAACAGAAAGAAUUGGAGUUAAGGAAACAGUUUCUCAAACUAAAAGAACAAAAGAUGGAAUUGCAAAAGUGCCAAAUGAUUGCUGCUGCACAGAAUUUACGUUUAAAUUUGAAAUAAUACGCGUCGCCUGAUAUCGGACGCUUAAUAUUUAUGUAUUUUAUUUUAAUAUAAUAUAAAAGAGA